AUGGCGGCGUGGGCAGGCCAGCAGGGCGGAGCAGGCGGUAGCGGCGAGUGGGCCUCGGGCGGCGGCCUGCUGGCCCACUGGCAGACACGCCUGUCCCUCUGUGGCCCCUCGCCGGCCGCGCCGCCCAUCAUCCUCCAUGCCGCCCUGCUGGACGUCCCCUGCCCCGCGCCAAGUGGCGCGCCACGGCGCUGGUGGCGCCUGCGCGACGCCUUCGCGGAGAUCGGGAUCUGCGCCGAGACGAUGAAGAGGCACAGGAUUGUUUCGGGCUCGCUGGCGAGAGUGUCGGCUCUGGGGGGCCGGGCCCCCAGUCGCGUCGCGCGGAUCGUGGAGGCGGAUCGGCAUGGGAUUGGCGAGAUGUGGUGGGUGUCCGGCGGGGAGAGGGGGGUUGGCCCGGGCUUCGCGUGGCUGGCGCCCUCGCUGAGUUUUAAUCUGGGCCUGAAUGCCCAUCUGGCGCCGUUCCUGGGGAGGGCGCGGGAAGAGGGGGAGCGGCCGGCGGACCCGGAGGAUAUCGAGGUGGUCGUGUUGCCCUCGUCGGAGAAGGACGCUGCCAGGCUCGCGGCUUCAGGUGUUACCAAUGACGUUCGCUUGGCACGUGCAUUGUCACUUCAAAAGGUGCGAGUUCCUGCUGUGCGUUCCUCGAAACUGCACAGCAGGGAACAGGGAGGCAGCACUCAAAGCCCUGGGGUGGAAGAAUUGAGCCACAAAGCGACCUCUGCAAAGGCAAGCCAAGAAACUGAGGAAGCAUUCCUGGCUGCACUGAAAGAAUUCUUCACACAGGCACCAAGGUUGCUGGCGGUGGGAGACGUCUUUGGUGUUUGGUGCAGGAGGCCUGGUCUACCGGACUGCCCUUGGGAUCAAUUUGUCCCAGAUGUGGAAGGAAUGUACCCCAGGACUAGGGACUUUGUGUAUUUUAAGGUUGUUAUGGCGGAGCCACCAGUUGAUGGGUCACUGCUUGUCGAUCCUGAGCAGACAAGACUGGCACUUCAGGGAGGAGCUUGCAACAGUGCAGUACCUGUUGGGCUCAAAGGCUACAGCCUUGCUGAGGAAUGCUUGUCACACUCUGCUGACACAGUGGAGGCUGAAGAAGCAAAGGGCAGCACACAGAUGCCUGCAGGCCCGCUCCUUCAACCCCAGUCAGUCAAAUCCCUGGGAUGGGCAGCCAACGCCUCUUGGCACGUAGAGCCUCACCUGUCAGGCACAGGCCCAGUUCUGCCUGUUUGGCGGCAGGUUGCUGCCCUUGUGGCCCCAUUGGUGCACACUGCGGUGACUUCAAUGGAGUUUCGUGUGUCAGCGCUGCUCAUCGGUGCAGAAGGCUCAGGCAGGAGGACAGCUGUGGCGGCUGCUGCCGAGGCUCUUGGGCUGCACCUUAUUAGUUUGAGCUGUCAUGACAUCAAGUGCAGGGAUCCGACGAUGAGGCAACUGGUGCCUGCCUGCAUGCUGUGUUCGACCAAGCCUCCCAGUUUUCCCCUUGUAUCUUGCUUCUAA